AUGCGUCAUAUUCGAGGAUGGUCAAAUCUGCGUUCCUCAAACCAUAAACUAGAGCGUGCAGGAGACUCUAGACUUGUGCGGCAGGAAGAGGCCAGCUCUGAAAAUAACAGAAUCUCCAAAUUUCAGGGAUCCGAGGAAGAGAUGAGGUUUUGCAAUCCUGUCUUUGAUCAAAUGUCAGAGCUCUUGUUUCCAGUGCCCCCUGUGGAUACAGAGACCACUCAAUCAACCUGUCCAGUCAGCACUGCUAAAAGUGUUCCUUUGCAGAGUAACAGCUGUUCCUCUCAAAGACCUCGGAUGUCCCUCUUCACCAUAUUUAUCAUUACAACGGUCCUCCUCUUCCUUCUGAUCUUUAGCAUAACCUUGGGAAUCCUGAUUCCACAACGCAAAUCAGAACAUCUGAACAGAUUUACAUCCCUACAGGUGAACAACAGUAAUUCUUCUGUGCCAAGGACCAAUAAGAGCUCAAACAGUGUAACAAAAUCUAGCCCCCCCAUGUGUGGUGGCUUCUUGAGUGAUGAGGAAGGCUCAAUCAGCUCCCCAAAUUACCCAUACUUGUACCCCCCCAACUGUCAUUGUCAGUGGGUACUGGAGGCAGAUGAAGAGAGAGUGGUUCAGCUAAAGAUUAUUUCCUUGGACAUUGAGGGUUAUGGAAGCUGUCCAUUUGAUUGGCUAGAACUCAUUGAUGGGAAUGCCACAAGCAGGUUCUGUGGUACUGUCGCUCCUACCACCUUCAUUUCCAGCUCCCAAAUGCUCCAGGUGAAGUUUGUGUCAGAUGAUAGUGCAGGGGCCAUGGGAUUUCGAGCCACUUAUCGGAUGAUCAAGCCCAGUCAAGUUAACUGCUCCUGGGAUGAGUUUCUUUGUGAUCAACGGAAGUGUCUCCUACUUCCUGCUCUUUGUGAUGGGGUCAUAGACUGUAAGGACCAGACUGAUGAAGAGAAUUGCAGCCGGCAACACUGGGAAUGUGGAAGCUCCCUAAAUGAUCUACGUGGCUCAUUCUCUUCUCCAAAUCACCCUGGACCGUACCCUGAGUUGGUAGUUUGCCGAUGGUUGAUCAGUGUCCCAGAGGGAUUCAUCAUUCAGAUUCAAUUUCUCAACUUCAGCUUGGAGGCAGAGGAGGGGUGCAGGUUUGACUAUGUGGAGAUCCAUGACAGUGCUGGCUUAGGGACCUUCAGCUUGUUGGGGAGGUUUUGUGGCUCUGAACUUCCACCCUCCCUUUCCUCCUCUGGGAGGCACAUGACUGUCAUAUUUGUAGCAGAUGAAGGGGUGUCAGACUUAGGAUUCUAUGCCAUCUACAAUGCUCUUAAUGCCUCAGAAAGUCCAUGUGGGCCAUGGGAGAUGAAAUGUGGAGGGGGCAAGUCUCUGCAACUGACAUGUGAUGGAUGGGUAGACUGUCCAGAUGGGAUUGAUGCAGACUGUCCAGAAAGCCCUGACACAAAACCUGACGUCCCCUGCCAGCCUGUGGAGGUUCCUGUAUGUCAGGGUCUUUCUUAUUCUCUCACUGUAUUCCCCAAUCUAUGGGUUUCUCUUACUGAACAGCCAGAAGCCAGUGAGCUUCUCAAAGGAUACAAGGUUCUUCAGGAGCUGCCGUGCUACCCAGCUCUCCGCCCCUUGCUUUGUGCUCUUUUAGUUCCUAGUUGCUCUGCUGAGGGCGGUGUUCUGCAGCCAUGCCGCUCUGUUUGUCUAAAUGCAGAGCAACUCUGUGUCCCCCAGUUUCACAAGAUGGGGAUUUCAUGGCCCUUUCACUGUGACCUGCUCCCCACAAGCCUCCAGCAACCAGAUUGUGUCAUCCCGUGAUAUGGACCUGCUUAAGAGUUAAAGCUGUUUGAAUCAUUAUGUGAUAUAACAAUAUACUUAGCUGGUUAUUCAUCCA